AUGGCCCUGCACAAAGAUGACACGCAAAUUCGUGAAGCAUUCCUGAGGAGACUGUUGCUCGCCAUGGCCGACGAAAAGCCCAAGGAAGGAGUCAAGACUGACAACAACGAUCAUAAUAAUUUGAUGAGGCAGGAUGGUUCUGUGGUGCAGUUUAAGAUUAAGAGGCAUACACCACUUAGUAAACUAAUGAGAGCCUAUUGUGAACAACAGGGUUUGUCAAUGAGGCAGAUCAGAUUCCGAUUUGAUGGGCAGCCAAUCAGUGAAACAGACACACCUGCACAGUUGAAAAUGGAGGAUGAAGAUACAAUAGAUGUGUUCCAGCAGCAGACAGGAGGUGUCUACUAAAAAGGGAACCUGCUACUUUACUCCAGAAUUGUUCCUCCAGACCAAGAAG